AUGGCUGAUGAUCAUGCCUCUAAGGCCAUCAGCGCUUACGGGGCUGGCAUCAAUCACACGCCGAAUAUUGACCGUCUCGCAGCGGAGGGGAUGAAGUUCAACCACUGCUAUGUCACCAACUCCAUCUGCACUCCGUCCCGUGCGGCUAUUCUCACUGACACGCACAACCAUGUCAACGGCGUCAUGACGCUGAACGACAACAUCAACAAGCACUUGCCGAACGUUGCGAAGUAUAUGCGCACCGGCGGAUACAGGACUGCGAUGGUCGGGAAGUGGCACUUGGGCGAGGGCAGACCACAUGAGCCCACCGGCUUUGACUACUGGUCUGUCCUGCCCGGACAGGGAAACUACUGGGACCCCGAGUUCAUUGAGCCAACGGGCGAGAAGAUCGAAGACGGCUACGUUACGGACAUCAUCACCGACAAGUGCCUCGACUGGAUCUCAAAGACCAAUGACACCGACAAGCCCUGCUUCCUAAUGUGCCACCACAAGGCGCCACACCGCUCGUGGGAGCGCGACGAGAAGCACAAAGACCUGUAUAAAGAUCCGAUACGCGUUCCCGAGACAUACGACGACGACUACAAGAACCGCGCAAAGGCUGCAAAGGUUGCAAAGAUGCGCGUGGCUGAAGACAUGACGUACCAGGACCUGGGACUCGUGCAGCCAGACGGCGGCAACAAGGUCGGCGAGCGCGUCGUCCAGGAGGCUGGCUCUGCGCAGCGCAAGAUUCCCAUCGACGCCAAGAGACUGAUCGAUAACGAAGACGGAACGGUGUUCACCUUCAAGAGUCAAGACGACCUCGCCCAUUUCAAGUUCCAGAGGUACAUGCAGCGAUACCUGCGUACCAUCCAGUCUGUCGACGACAAUGUCGGGCGAAUGCUUGACUACCUCGAGUCCAACGAACUCGCGGAAAACACCAUUGUGAUCUACACCUCCGACCAGGGUUUCUUCCUCGGCGAGCACGGCUGGUUCGACAAGCGAUUCAUGUACGAGGAGUCUUUCCAGAUGCCCUUCAUCAUUCGAUAUCCCGCGGGAAUCGCCAAGGGUUCCGUAUGCGACGACAUCAUCGGCAAUGUCGGCUUUGCGCCUACCUUCCUCGAUUUUGCAAAUCUUCACAUCCCGAGCUACAUGCAAGGCGAAUCCUUCCGCCAGUUGCUGCAGUGGGGAGAAGGAUAA